AAGGGCGGCUCGCCCCAGCUUUCCCCUCCGGCCGAUGGCCGGCGGGGGCGCUGUCGGAGCGCGCGCGUCUCCGGCGCAGACGCGGCCGCUGCGCUCCAAGUCCAGGGCGCCGCGCGGGGAUGCUCCCCUUCCGCGCGUCGAGGCGCUGCCAGCGGAGCUCGUCGCGGACCUAACAGACCCAACACCAACCGCCACGCGCGCGGGCGUGCAUAGCAUGUCUCGCCGAGCCGGCGACCAGCUCGGCGGCACGGCCGACGCGGACCGCCGCUUUUGGAAGAAGGUCGAGGAGGAUUCUACCCUCCUGCGCGUUCUGAAGCGCACGGCGCUGCAGAGGGCACCCCUCGAGUGCCGCGCGGCGCGGGAGGCGCGUCUCUCGGAGCUCCUGCAGCCGCCUCUCUCGCUGCUGCGAGCACGCGCUGUGUGCUUCCGCCGCGAGCCGGGCGACUCCGACGGCUCCGCGCUCCACGAGCGCUGCCGGAGCUGGGACGCCGCCCCGCUGGCCUCCCCCUUCAGGGCCGAGGUGGACGUGCUCGACCUGCUUGCGGAGUACCGCAUAAACAGCGGCAACAGUGUCGACACCCAGCCCGGCGAGGAGGUGGUGGCCUGCACCAUCUGCGGCGGGGGCGUGGACUCCAGGCCGCCGAGCGAGGCCGAGGUGGCGGCGGGCCUCGCCGUACGCCUCGCCAUUUACAGGCCCUGCCUGCACAAGGCCUGCGACGCGUGCCUCUCCACGUACGCGCUCUCGUCCGGCGCCUCGGCCCUCUUCCCCUCCAACUCGGCCGAGGACGCGGCAGCCCGCCGCAGCUACGAGGCCCUGGGCAACGUGGCGCAGGCGGUCAUGGGCGGCCACCUCAAGUGCCCGCUCUGCCAGGCGGUGGUGGAGUGGCCGUGGCGCCUGACUGCCCCCCUGCUAAAGGUGUGUCGGCCGGUGGCGGAACGGCGUGCGCCGGUGGCAGAGCCGCGUGCGCCGGUCGGCUAGUUUGGCCACUGGAGAGGGCGUUACUCCCACUCCAAGUCUCUUCGGAGAUGUAGAGGAUGGACGGCGGCUGCGCGCACUCAGCAGCAGCAGCAACUCCGCCAUCUCCGUGCCCGGCACGGACGCACACACCCAGGAAGCCACUGGGGGUUACGUGCCACACUAGUGUGGAGCGGCAGCACUGCACCCGUUUAGCGCGUGUCAUCGUUGCGCGGCGUGUGCGCGCACACACAGCGCUCUGUCUCUCAAUGUGUCGGACUCGCUCUCGCUCGAGCAGCUCUAGCUUAGUUAGCGCUCGCCCGUCGCUCCAAGUCCAUAUCUCACUGCACGCGUGUAAAGUACGUAAUGCUGCAACAUGCAAGGAG